GGCGCGCGGCGGGCACCUCUCCAAGAAGGCCCAGCCGCCGCGCGUUGCCGGGUAGAGCCCGACGCUAGGCGCUCUGCGCUCCCGGCCUUUCCUUGGGCUGGCCCUUGGUGCUCUGCGGGCAGGUCUGGGCGGCCAUGGGCUCGGAGAUGGAGCCGCUGCUCCUGGCCUGGAGCUAUUUUAGGCGCAGGAAGUUCCAGCUCUGCGCGGAUCUGUGCACGCAGAUGCUGGAGAAGUCCCCUUAUGACCAGGCAGCUUGGAUUUUAAAAGCACGAGCCUUAACUGAAAUGGUAUACAUAGAUGAAAUUGAUAUAGAUCGGGAAGGAAUUGCAGAAAUGCUUCUGGAUGAAAAUGCUAUUGCCCGAGUUCCCCGCCCUGGAACAUCUUUGAAACUCCCUAGAACUAAUCAGACAGGAGGGCCUAGUCAAGCUGUCAGGCCAAUUACUCAAGCUGGAAGGCCCAUUACAGGUUUCCUUAGGCCCAACACACAGAGUGGAAGGCCUGGUACCAUGGAACAGGCCAUCAGAACACCCAGAACUGCCUAUACAGCACGUCCCAUCACCAGCUCAUCUGGAAGAUACAUCAGGCUGGGGACAGCUUCCAUGCUUACAAGUCCUGAUGGACCUUUUAUAAAUUUAUCUAGACUGAACUUAACAAAAUAUUCCCAGAAACCUAAAUUGGCAAAGGAUUUGUUUGAAUAUAUCUUUCAUCAUGAAAAUGAUGUUAAGACUGCUUUGGAUCUGGCUGCCCUUUCCACAGAGCAUUCUCAGUACAAGGACUGGUGGUGGAAGGUGCAGAUUGGGAAAUGUUACUGCAGGUUAGGAAUGUAUCGUGAAGCAGAAAAACAGUUUAAAUCCUCUCUGAAGCAGCAGGAAAUGGUAGAUACAUUUCUCUAUUUGGCAAAAGUUUACAUCUCAUUGGAUCAACCUGUGACUGCUUUAAAUCUUUUCAAACAAGGCUUAGAUAAGUUUCCAGGAGAAGUAAGCCUGCUUUGUGGAAUUGCCAGGAUCUAUGAGGAAAUGAACAAUGGUUCAUCAGCAGCUGAAUACUACAAAGAGGUUUUAAAACAAGAUAAUACUCACAUGGAAGCCAUUGCUUGCAUUGGAAGCAACCACUUUUAUUCUGAUCAACCAGAAAUAGCUCUUCGGUUUUACAGGCGACUCCUGCAGAUGGGCGUUUAUAAUUGCCAGCUUUUUAACAAUCUGGGGCUGUGCUGCUUCUAUGCCCAGCAGUAUGAUAUGACUCUGACCUCAUUUGAACGUGCCCUUUCUUUGGCUGAAAAUGAAGAAGAGACAGCUGACGUCUGGUACAACUUGGGACAUAUAGCUGUGGGAAUAGGUGAUACGAAUUUGGCCCAUCAGUGCUUCAGGCUGGCUCUGGUCAACAACAACAACCAUGCUGAGGCCUACAACAACCUGGCUGUGCUGGAGAUGCGGAAGGGCCAUGUUGAACAGGCAAGGGCACUUUUGCAAACUGCGUCAACUUUAGCACCUCAUAUGUAUGAACCCCAUUUUAAUUUUGCAACAAUAUCUGAUAAGAUUGGAGAUCUACAGAGAAGUUAUAUUGCUGCUCAGAAGUCUGAAGCAGCAUUUCCUGAUCAUGUGGAUACACAACAUUUAAUUAAACAAUUAAAGCAGCAUUUUGCUAUGCUCUGAUUGUUCUUAGCCCAAAUAUAUUUUUAUGAAGAGACAUUACACACGGGGAAAAAGUACUAUGUAUGUAUGUAUGUAUCUGAAUGUAAUAUAAAUUAUACAGGCCUAGUGAAGUCUGUAUUUGAAUAAGAGUCGCAGACUUUGACCAGAGUUUAUACAAAGAAUGUAUAAUGAAUACUUUAUAAUAAUAAUUUUGUAAGGUAAUAUUAUAAAUUAUCAGAUUUAAGCAUUUCUAGGUAUAAUGCAUUAUAUGGUAAAUGUUUAUAUAUUUUCCAAACGUUUUGAUGCAUUUCCUCACAUUUUUAUAAAUAUACAUUUUUAAAGUCCUUAAGCAUUAGCCAUUGUAUGGCUUAAAUGGUCUGAAAUCUGCCUUUAAAACUAUACUUUUAUGGUUAAUAAUAUGUGUAUUUAUCCUAAGUAGAGACUUUAUUUGGAGCUUAAAAUUGUAUUUCAAACUAUUUUUUAUCAGGUACUUUGUGAUAUAUAUUGUACAUAUAUAUUAUGCUUUAAAAUAAAUCAGUAUAUAAAACACCGUAA